AUGUCGGUCCUCGAGCCGUCAUCUACGCCCUUAAACCUGCGGGACGCCCCCGGCGCAUUUCCCGACCAACCGGACGACAGCGAAAAUGCCGGAGUAGCAUCUGACCUUGCCUCUCUAUCUCGAGCGGUAUAUGCUAGAAAGUCUGAAUAUGUUCGUGAGAAAAAGGUCAGAAUUAGGAUUGGAACGUGGAAUGUUGCGGCUUUACCAGGCACGGAACAGGACCUUGGAAAAUGGUUCGGGACGCCGCCUUUUGGGGUGACAAAGCAAGAAGAAUGCGCUGUAGAUGAGCCAGGAUUAAUUUCGGGUCAUGGUAGAAAUGCUGAUGGGAAUGGGAACCAAUCGAGCCAGUCAGAACGAAACGUUGAUAACGAGGACCAGACAACUAGGACGGGGGAUGGAAUAAUUGAUAUUUUUGCUCUAGGCCUACAGGAAAUUGUCGAUGUAUCAUCACCAGCAGAAACUUUAAGGCCUUACGUCGACCCUGCGCCGUCAAAUAGGUGGAAAGACGCUGUUCAGAAAGCGCUCCCUCCCGGAUACACCCUCGUUUCCUCCCAGCAGCUUACUGGUCUGCUUCUUUUAGUAUACGCCUCGGACUUGAUAGCGCCAAGUAUAUCUUCGGUCAGUUCUACGAGCGUUGGGACUGGGUUGAUGGGGUAUAUGGGCAAUAAAGGGGCUGUUGCCACCCGAAUCGUUCUUGGUGGGACUACUCGUGUUGUUUUUGUUAAUUGUCAUUUAGCUGCUGGUGCAGAGAAAGCGAGUAUUGAUAGAAGGAAUUGGGAUGCCUCACAGGUCCUUAUGCGUACUCGAUUUGACCCUGUCGACGAGGAAGAUGAUCACUUAUUCUCCACCCCAAAUCAGGACUUGGGCGAUGAGGAUUUUGCCUUCUGGUUUGGCGACUUAAACUAUCGCUUAGAUGAUAUACCUGGCGAUGAUGUACGCCGGCUUCUUCACUUACAUACUGCAAAUAACUUUGGGUCUUUACCGAAUCGCAAGCCUCAGGAUCAUGAGGACAACCAGACUCAACUUCCUCAGCACGAUGGAAAUGAUGAUGAUUCUUCAGAUAUUGCUAUCUCUAUGGAAGACAACGAUGUUGACCCGUAUCAAGAUCCUGCCUCGCUGGUAAUCACUCUUAGCUCACUUCUACCUCAUGACCAACUCCGGGCUCAACAACGAGAAAGAAAGGCUUUUUUCGAGGGUUGGAGAGAAGACGAAAUACGGUUCUUACCCACGUACAAAUACGAUGUUGGACGUGUUGGUCAGUUCGAUUCCAGCGAAAAACAACGUGGCCCAAGUUGGUGUGAUCGAAUACUCUUCCGAACAAAGCAAGAUUACCUGGAAUAUCAGAGACGAACCAACGAAACGGAAGCCUCGAAGAGAAGGGACGAUGAGAUGAAAUCACUUGGGCUGGAUCAAGAGGCGGAGGAUAAUAGUGUGCUUUUUGACUACGAUCCGGAGCUUGAUGGAGCGGAUGACGACGGCAGCGUUGACUCAGCUGACAAUAUAACCUCUGACACCCUUAAGAAAACAGACAACAAGAAUCCGGUCGAUGUGAUCUGCUACACGUCGCAUCAGGGCAUUGUAUCUUCGGAUCACAAACCCUUGCACGCUGAUUUUGUACUGACGUACGACGCAAUUGUACAAUCGCUCAAGGCAAAGGUUCACCAAGAAGUCGCUAGAGAGCUGGAUAAAGCCGAAAAUGAGGCCCGGCCAGAUAUUACGAUUGUUAUCGAUCAACCCGUGGGAGUAUCAGGAGAUGGCCCGCCUGUUUCGAGCGUCGCUCACGAUCGUGACACGGUUAACUUUGGCCCGGUACGGUAUGAUGUGCCAGUGUCAAGAAGCCUGACUUUAGCAAAUACUGGGAGCGUCCCCGCCACCUUUUCAUUUCGAUAUCGAUCCGUUGCCGGUGACGAGGACCCCCGUGUAUCUCCUCCAUGGCUUCUUCUCCGGGUGGACUGGCCUGAAGAUACACAGGCAUCCACUGUAAAUGCACCAAAAGAGUACACCUUGCCACCCGGCGAGUCAGCACAUGUACAGCUCAUUCUUUGUAUUUUCGACCUGGACUUUGUACGGAAACUAAAUACCAGCAAGGCUGAAAUCGAAGACGUGUUAGUCUUGCGCGUCUCCAACGGCCGUGACCACUUUAUUUCUGUCCGUGGAAAAUGGCUACCAACAUGUUUCGGUUUCUCCUUGAACGAGCUUACUCGCGUCCACGAAGAAGGCAUUCGCAAUCUUGACACUUUCACCUUGUCCUCUAUCACGACUGAAAGUGAUUCAAACGAAAACGUUAGAACAUCUGCUCCACGCGAGCUCUUCCGCUUAACCGAAGCCAUCUCAGAGCUUACGGAGCGCGCAGUCGCGGAAUGGGAUAUGGUUGCCACCGGUGAGGACAAUGCGCGUCCCUGGCUCAGCGGCGACCGCGCCGGCUGGCCGUUUGACUCGGGGACAUGGACGCUCAAAGACCAUUGUGUGCGAUAUAAACUCGUUGGCCUGAUCCGCGAGGGCCUUGAUACCGGAACGUCGUUUUUCAGCCAGUUUGGGCCCGAGAUCCCCUCGCGACAUCGCGUCGAGCUUCUUGCGGAAACGCUUCUGUCGUUUUUGCGCUCCAUGCCCGAUGGGCUGAUCACGCAGGACUUGUGGGCGGAGCUGAAUCGCGUUGUCUUUGGACCGGACAAGGCAAAGCUGGCACCUCUCUCUACCGAUCAAUCGCAAUCCAGGAUUCUCGAUGUGCUUUCGUCGUCGCCCGCUCACAGCGUAUCUUUCACUUUCCUUACGUUCAUGCUUAAUCGCAUCGCAAAUGAAGUUUUGCCGCUCAUACCGGCUUCUGUUUCAACGCAGAUGUCUCCGACAACGGUCAAAACGCCUUCCAUCUUCUCCGCCCGGACUUCUACUGAUAUAUCAGAACCAACGCCAGUAUCACCAUCUGUCCUCACCCAGCCUCGCACCUCGAUCAGCUUUCCAUUCCGGCUCAAGCCGCGCAGCCGUACACUCUCAAGUAGCGAGGGUGGCGACGUGCCUGAUCUAGGACUGGGAGGCCUCACCAUUCAGCCUACGAGUACGGCGUAUAAUAUCACCCUGGCUCGACGUCGUGCUGUAAAUCGGGCGUUUGCGGAGACCUUUGCAAACGUAAUUUUUUCCAAGGAUAUUGCGGUGCCAGAGAAAGAUCGAGAGAAGCGAGUGCUGGCAGAAAAAAAGAGAUCUGUGAUAGAGCCGUUUUUGAGGAGUGAAGAUGGGAGUUGA